AUGGCCUUACACUACUGCUUACUUGGGGUGCUUAUGCCACUCUCAUUGCUAAUUGCACAAGCAGCUCCAGCAACAGGAGGACCUCAAUUAGCCCUCCCCAACUGCCCUGACAACUGUGGUGAUCUCACAAUUCCAUACCCAUUUGGGGUUAAAGAAAAUUGUUACCUGAACUCUUCCUUUUUUAUCAAUUGUACUCGUGAUGAAUCCAGGAAACCCCAAAUAGUACCAUAUUGGGGAGGUCUCAUUGUUUCUAAUAUCUCACUUGAAGAGGCUGAGCUGCAAAUAUUGCAGUUUGUAGCCAAAGAUUGUUAUAACAAGCAGGGCAACCAAACCGACAAGAACGACCCUUGGUUUUCAGUGCCUCCUUUCGCCAUCUCUCAUGCCAAAAACAAGUUCUUCGCAGUUGGCUGCGACACCAUUGCUAUUUUCCAAGGCUACCACGCUUUCCCAAAUGACCAAGAAAGUUACGUGGCCGGGUGUAUGUCCUUAUGUGAUAGCCUUGACAGCAUUGAAUAUCAGGACUCUUGCUCCGGAAAUGGGUGCUGCCAAACUAACAUCCCCAGUGGGCUGCAAAAUCUAACUGUGACAUUGUCUAGCACUUACAAUCAUACCAAAAUAGUAGGGGACUUGACCAACUGCAGUUACGCUUUCCUUGUGGAAGAAACACAGUUCAAAUUCUCCAAUUCAAGUUUUCAACAACUGGAGAGCAUAACAGAACUUCCAGCGGUUCUUAAUUGGGCAAUUGGGGAGGAUCCAGAUCCAUGUAAUACGGCUCAAAAGAGGAAGGAUUUUGCAUGUAAAGCAAAUAGCAAGUGUGUCAACCUGGUCGGUCGCUCUGCUGGUUACAUUUGUCAGUGCUUGCAGGGCUACCAUGGCAACCCAUAUCUUCCAGAUGGCUGCGAAGAUAUUGAUGAGUGCAUGAUCACGAGCCCCUGCAGUGGGACGUGCAUAAAUGUACCUGGAAAUUAUACCUGUGGAUGUCCACAAGGGUACAAAGGCGAUGGCAUGAAAAAUGGAACCGGUUGCACCAAAGAGAAUCCCAUUCAAUCAAAGAACCGUAGUCUUCUGCUUAUUCUUUCAAUGAGUAUCGGUGUAGGCCUCUUAGUUUUACUGGUUGGAAGUUCAUGGCCGAUAUAUUGGGGAAUAAAGAAACGAAAGUACAUCGAACUUAAAGAGAAGUACUUCAAAGAAAAUGGCGGCUUACUGUUACAACAACAACUUGCUAGUUAUCACGGGGUUGAGAGCGUAGAGACGACCAAGAUUUUUACUGCAGAAGAACUAGAGAAGGCCACAGACAAUUACCAUGAGAGUAGAAUUCUUGGUGAAGGGGGUUAUGGAAUCGUUUACAAAGGAAUACUUGCAGAUAAAAAAGUGGUUGCCAUAAAGAAGUCAAAAGUUGGUGUCCCAACCCAGAAAGAGCAGUUUGUUAAUGAGGUGAUUGUUCUAUCUCAAAUCAAUCACAGAAAUGUAGUGAGGCUUCUGGGUUGCUGUUUAGAGACACCAGCGCCUUUGCUAGUUUAUGAAUACAUCACCAAUGGCACUCUUUUUGAUUGCAUUCAUGGUAAAAAAGGCGAAGGGUCCUCACUUGCAUGGGAAUUACGAUUGAAGAUUGCAGCUGAAACUGCAGGAGCAUUGGCAUAUUUACACUCCUCUACUUCCACACCAAUCAUACAUCGAGAUGUGAAAGCAAUGAAUAUACUGUUAGAUGACAAUUACACGGCAAAAGUGUCGGAUUUUGGUGCUUCGCGCUUAGUUCCUAUGGAUCAAACUCAAGUAACAACUCUAGUGCAAGGGACACACGGAUACUUAGAUCCUGAAUACUUCCAUUCUAACCAACUAACACAAAAGAGUGAUGUCUAUAGUUUUGGAGUUGUCCUGAUGGAGCUACUAACAAGCAAAGUAGCGCUUUCUUUUGCCAGGCCUGAGUCAGAGAGAAACCUAGCAAGCUUAUUUGUUUGUUCAAUGAAGGAAGAUGGCUUGAACCGAAUUUUGGACAAUACCCUAUUCAGUGAAGGAAAUAUUGAGACCCUAAAAAAUGUAGCGAAUCUCGCCGAAAGAUGUGUCAGUUUAAAAGGGGAGGAAAGACCUACCAUGAAAGGGGUAGCCUCAGAGCUAGAGGGGAUGAGAAUAAUGGCAAAGCAUCCAUGGGAAAGUUCUAAUUUCUGUCCUGAAGAGACUGUGCACUUGCUCGGGUCACCUUCAAACACGAAUUCUGUGGAUGUUAGAGGCGAUUGUGGUUCUAGUACUACUGGUGCAACUUAUGGGCAUGACAGCAUGCAAAUCCAAAUGUUAAUGUCAUAUAAUGAUGGGAGAUAA